AUGGGGGAACUGUUUUCCAUAAAAAAUUUGUUCAUAUGCUCAAAUGAAAGAAGUGUUGAAGAACUUAAAGCAGCUAUGGAUGGGUUACUAAGGAAAGAGACAGAAGGAAGUUCAAAAAGGACAGAGGAAGAAGAAAAAGGAAAAGAAGGGAUAGAGAUAGAGGGAAAAGAGAAAGGGAAAAAAUACGAAAUGAUUAAAGAUUAUUUGGAUGCAAAUAAAAAUAAUGUUCUCCAUUUUGCAAUUUAUGGAAGCAACAUGAACAAUGUUAAAUUUAUAGUUGAAAAUACAAACUUAAUAAAUAGUAUUAACAACGAUGAACAGAAUGGCUUAAUUAUAAGUGUUCUUAACAGAAAUACAGAGAUUUCGAAAUAUUUAAUUGAUAAGAAUAUCGAUUAUAAUAAAAAAGAUAAGCAUAACGCAAAUGCUUUGUUGUACAGUUUAAUAACACAAAAUUAUGAAAUUUUUAAUAUUCUUUUAGAAAAAAAAAACAUAGACAUCAAUAUUAACAGCUUUGAGAAAGGGAAUUUAUUAAGUAUAUCUAUAUUUGAAAGAAAUAUAAAAGUAAUAAAAAAAUUAUUUAGUAAACAUAUUUCUCCAUAUAUAGGAAAAAGUAUAUAUCCCCACCCACUUAUAUAUAUCACAUACAGCAACGACAAUGAUUUGUUGUAUUUGUAUUUAACAUAUUGUUUAUUUUAUUGUACAAAUGAUGAUAAUUUGUAUCAGAUAAAUGAAAUAAACUUUGAUCAAUCUACUGAUGAAAUUCAUGUAUAUUUGAAUAAUGAGAAACUUAUUUAUUCCAUUUUGAGCAAUUCAAAUUAUGAUCUUACUGCUUUUAAAGAUAUAUUAAGCGUAACUGAUGAGAAUGGUACUACACUCUUUAACAUAUGUAGUGAUAAUAAUAAUGUCAUGGGAAAGAAUAUUAUUGAUUACUACUACAAAAAUAUACCACAAUAA